CCGGAAACGGGCCGGCAGGACCGGAAGUGACCCUCUUUAGUUCCCCUCUUCACGUGGUGCGGGCGGGAAGUGACGCGCGCGGCCCGGGAGCUGCGGACGCAGAGGCCGACGGAGCCGGAGUCGCGGACGCCGCGGGGUCUCCGGGACAGGAACCCCCAGUGCUGUGUCCACAUUCUAGAGGGGAAGUUUGCUGAGACCCUGGUACCACCUUGCCAGCGGAAUGUCAGCCACACUGGAUCUGAAAUCGAAGGAGGAGAAGGAUGCUGAGUUGGACAAGAGGAUCGAGGCUCUUCGGCGAAAAAAUGAGGCCCUCAUCCGGCGCUACCAGGAGAUUGAGGAGGACCGGAAAAAAGCCGAACUCGAGGGAGUGGCCGUGACAGCUCCCCGGAAGGGCCGCUCGGUGGAGAAGGAGAACGUGGCAGUUGAGGCGGAGAAGAACUUGGGUCCCUCUCGGAGGUCUCCUGGGACCCCACGACCCCCAGGGGCCAGCAAGGGAGGCCGGACGCACCCCCAGCAGGGAGGCCGGGCAGGCAUGGGCCGGGCGGCCCGCAGCUGGGAGGACGGUUCUGGGGAGCAGUCUCGAGGAGGAUCUGGGGGCCGUGGCCGGAGGGGCCGGGGCAGGGGGUCCCCUCAACUCUCAGGAGCUGGAGAUGCCUCAGCUGCCGACCGCAAAUCUAAGGAGUGGGAGGAGCGGCGCCGGCAGAACAUCGAGAAGAUGAACGAGGAGAUGGAAAAGAUAGCAGAGUAUGAGCGCAACCAGCGGGAAGGUGUGCUGGAGCCCAACCCAGUGCGGAACUUCCUGGACGACCCCCGGCGACGCAGCGGACCCCUGGAGGAGCCCGAGCGGGACCGCCGGGAAGGCAGCCGCCGUCAUGGGCGCAACUGGGGGGGGCCCGACUUCGAGCGGGUGCGCUGCGGCCUGGAGCAGGAGCGGCAGGGCCGCCGGGCCGGCCUGGGUGGCGCUGGUGACAUGACGCUGUCCAUGACGGGCCGCGAGCGGUCGGAGUAUCUGCGCUGGAAGCAGGAGAGGGAGAAGAUCGACCAGGAGCGGCUGCAGAGACACCGCAAGCCCACUGGCCAGUGGCGGCGGGAGUGGGAUGCUGAGAAGACUGAUGGCAUGUUCAAGGAUGGGCCAGCUGCUGCCCUUGAACCAUCCCACCGCUAUGAUGACCAGGCCUGGACUCGGCCCCCCAAGCCCCCCACUUUCAGGGAGUUCCUGUCCCAGCACAAAGCUGAGGUCAGCCGCAGGAGGAGGAAGAGUAGCCGACCCCAGACCAAGGCAGCCCCUCGUGCCUACAGUGACCAUGAUGACCGCUGGGAGACUGAGGACACAGUGUCCCCAGCCCCUGAGGCCCCACAGCCCGCUCCACCUGAGGAGACGCCCUCGCAGCCACCCGAGACCCCAGCUCCUCCUGCCCACCGGCCCCCUGAGGAUGAGGGGGAGGAGGACGUGAGGGAGGAGGAUGAGGGGGAGGAUGAGGAGUGGGAAGAUGUGAGUGAGGAGGAGGAAGAGGAGGUCGAGGAAGAAGAAGAGGCUGAUGAGGCGGAAGAAGAACCAGCCCAAGGCCAUGAACCCCAAGAGGCUGAGCCCACCGGAAGCCCUCCCCGAAGCCGCACCGGAAGUCCCACCGGAGGUGACCAGCCAGCCCCUGCCUCCCUUGAGAGUGGGUCCAGCCUCCCAGGAACCCAGAAAGCUGAAGAGGAAAGGUCUGAGGCAGCUCCAGAGGCGGGUACCGAGGGCCAGGAGACCGCGGAGAUCACCGACUUCCAGAGGGCCUCCCCGAAUUCCUGAAGACGCUGCUGGGAGGGGACUGAAGCUUCCCCGCCUUGAUGGGGUGGGGGCGGCAGGAGGGGGUUAGUCUGGAUUCCCAGGCUGCGCUCUCUCCUCCCCGGAGACCGCUCUGGAUCCCAUGGCUUUAGGGAGAGGGAGAAAUUGAGGGUGGUGGGGAGGAGUUGGGGAAGGGGCGUGAUUGGGUUGUGGGCAGAGGUGGGGCUUCGGGGAGUGUUUAGACCUCAGUACACUGAGUAGCGAGGAGGUCCCGCCAGGGGCGUGGUUAGGAUGCCUGGGCGGGGCCAGAAUUCUGGUGGAUGGAGUUAGAACACAGGGCGGCCUUAGAUGUCGGAUCGGGCCGCGUGAGCCGGUUUAGAUGGGAGUUCCUAAUGCGGGUGUGGGGUGCAGCCCUCGGUCGAGGGCGUGUUCAGUACAGUGCUAGAACUAGUGGAGUGAGGCGGAGGAAAGGGGUGGAGCCUGGACUAGAGAGCGUGAAUCCAGGGAGUGAAGAGGGUGGCUUCGAAUGCUAAGAGUCGAGUCUGAUUCAGAGGCACGUUAGAAGCGGAGCGGGCCUGCGGCUAAG